GUGGCUCUUCUGACGCUGCAGAUGAUGUGUGGGGCUGGGAUGUAGCCACAGCUGCAGAGAAGGCUUCGUUGGAAUGUGCAGCCAGCAGUGUGCGCAUGUACUGACUGUGCUGGGGGGUUGGAGAGGGGCAGAUCCAGGGAAGGGGAGAGCUUCAGAGACUGAGCUAGGAGGGGAGAGCAGACUUCGGCAAAAGGAGAAAGGAUGGACCGAACUACAAGUGGGGAGAUCUGAUCUGGGCACAAGGAGAAGGGCAGACUUCAGCCAAAGGGUCUGGUCUGGGUGCACAGUGGGCAGAGCAGACCUGGGCACAAGAGUACAGAGCUGGACACAAGCAGUGCAGAGCAGGCAUGGGCACAGGCAGGUGGGGAUGGACCUAACCAUAAGUGAGCAGAAUAGAUCUGGGGGUACAGAAAGGAUAACGCUGGGCACAAGGAGCAGGGCAGAGCCGGUCUGUGCACAAGGCGAGGACACUUGGGUUGGGGGUUGAAACGAGAAUAAGGAGGUAAAACUAAUGUGCUGACAGAGGGCACAAGGAGGGGGUGAAAGACAUGGGCACAUGCCUGGGGAGAUGGAUAUAAGAACCAGUGGGGAGAUCUGAUCUGGGCACAAGUAGAGGGCAUCUCAUCUGGUCACUGCUCACUAUGGCAUCUGAGGUUAUCCUUUACGCCAGCAUUUUGAGCAGCCUACCCAUGGGUCAGAUUUUUGAUUCCUGGUAGCAUUUCCGGACAUAAAAGUCACAAUAUGGAGGCCUUAUAAUGAUUACAGCGGAAGAACUGAGACAUUAAUGACACAGUGAUACUGCAGUGCAGAUAGAAGUAACUUCAGCAAUGCUGUUUUGGAGAAGACGCCACUGCUGCCAUCUCUGUUUGAAGCGCAAUUCCAAGUGCUUUGUGGUCCAAACCACUGUAAUGGGAUUUGUGUCUCUGGUUCUUCUAGUGUGUGUGUUUUUGAUGUUUAAUAAUCACAGCUGGGUACUGAGCAGCAUGGUUAGUGGUGGCCAUCCUUCAGCUGGAACAGUAAACCAUUAUCACUCGAAAAAUAGUCUACCCAUGAUAUGGGCCCUAUGGAAAAUGAUUAAACGCACCAUGCCCAUGGCCCAAACAGAACCUGAGUUGGAACAUUUGUCCGAUGCAUUUCAGGAUAGUCAGAGAAAUCCGAUUGUCUACAAUUACAUUAUUAAUGAGCCUGAGAAAUGUAAAGGGAUAAAUCCAUUUUUAGUUUUACUUGUAGCUGUUUCACCAGGACAAUCAUAUGCCCGCCAAGCUAUCAGAAAAACAUGGGGCAAUGAAACCCUUUUGCCAGGACUACAGAUUGUACGGUUAUUUCUGCUUGGUAGAGACACACACAAAAAUGGUGAUGCAGAACAUUCUAUAAAGGAAGAAAGCAAACAUCACCAUGACAUCAUUCAGCAAUCCUACAUAGACAACUACUACAAUUUGACUCUAAAAACACUUAUGGGCAUGAACUGGGUCGCCACAUAUUGUCCACACGUUUCAUACGUCAUGAAGACAGACAGUGAUAUGUUUGUUAACACUGAAUAUCUCAUUAAAAAACUACUUAUGCCAGAUGUGCCACCAAAAACAAACUAUUUUACAGGGUAUUUAAUGAGAGGUUACUCACCCAAUAGGAAUAAAGACAGUAAGUGGUACAUGCCGCCGGAUUUAUACCCAGAAGACAUGUACCCUAUUUUUUGUUCUGGAACGGGUUAUGUUUUCUCUGGAGAUCUGGCAGAGAAAAUAUUUAAAACCUCUUUAAGUAUAAAAAGGUUACACCUUGAGGAUGUAUAUGUUGGGAUUUGUCUUGCCAAUCUACAUAUUGACCCUGUGCCACCACCCAAUGACUCUGACUUCAAUCACUGGAGAGUUUCAUAUUCUGACUGUAAAUACAACCAGAUAAUUACUUCCCAUGAAUUUCAACCUGAUGAGUUGCUCAAGUACUGGAACCAACUACAAAAUAACAAGCAUUUCUGCGCCAAACUAGCAAAAUAAAAUGCAACAAGGUUCAAUGUUAAAUAACAGAAGCACUGGGCCAGCAUGUUGUGUCUGGCAGUAAGUGGUAGCCAAUGGCAACUGAGCUAAAACCCAAUGAUCUGACAUUACAGAAGCACAACUGAAGUAUUUUUUCAUGACCUCAUUACAGAAAUAUUCGCAAUGCAAUUAUAUUGCAAUAACUGUUCAGUGGGGCAAGUGUUCUACAUCCAUAUUAACUUAAAAAGGGGAUACUUUUUGCAGUUUGUGUAGUUUCCACUUGCAGUUGUUGGAGUUAUUUAUGUUAAUACUCAGCAAAUAUGGGAAAUGUGCGGGGUGCACUUACUAUUGCUUGUUUUUAUGCAAUAUCAUUGCCAUCUAACCCCCCAGGAUUGUUUUAUAUAUUUAUUUUUUGCUAAAGGUGUUAGGACUAUUUCUGUGCUUGAGUCACAUUCUUAUCUCUUAUAUCUACAUUCCCUGACUAUUCCAAUGGCCAACACCAUGGGGCCGAAUGAUCAAGCUCUGAAUGGAGCUUGAUGCCCCUGUUUCCGCAUGAGCCUUCAAGCUUGCCGGAAACAGUAGUUAUGAAGCAGCGGUCUUAAAGGGACACUGAACCCAAAUUUUUUCUUUCAUGAUUCAGAUAGA